UUAACCCUAACCCUGAGAAAUUGGCCGCCAGAACCGCUAACUUUCUUGUCAUGUUCUCAAUUCCCUCACUUCUCUCAUCCUCAAUUUUUCAACUCUUAGAAUCAUCUACCGCAUCCCAGGAGCCGUUCGCAUUCCCCCUUUCGUGCCGCGGCACUCUCUUGCCGCUUCCUCCCAUAAUUUCCUACCCGCGCCGCCCAACCCUACCCCUGCCAUGGGACCUAGCGACGUCUUCACUUCAAUGAGCAAUGCUUUCGAGCGUCUUGACAUCGUGGUCCAAUCGAACGUCUCGAAUCAUUGCCAGGAGCUCCACUCUCCAUCAUCUUGCCGCGAUCCCAUCUUGUCAAGCCACAAGACCUUCUCUCCAACCACAACGUCCUAUAACCACCCGACCCCCGUCAUUAGGAAGAUCCUGGAAGAAACUCCGUAACCACUCAAAAUGGGGCUUCAUCAUCUACCGCUGCUACUACCGGAGCGACGAAGCCUGGAAGCAAUUCCUGGAUGGGUGGUCAGCGCUGACGAAAGCCAACAUCCGCCGCCUGAACAGGCAUCACCUGAUCCCCACGCUUGAUUUCACGGUCCGAGAAGAUUGCAGGUCCCUCGAUGGCGCGACCGUGGAGCGAGUCCAGGAGAUGUUCACGGCAUGGACGAAAUCGGAAGAGGCCCUCGUCGAGGAGAAGGAGGCGGAAGAGAAGAACACGUGGGAUUAUUCUAGGUACUGGUUCUGCGUACAUGUUGAUGCUUGCGCGUUGGAUGGAUGUCUUCGGUAUCUGUCGCUUCCGCAAGAACGGCAGUGGGACUAUCUUGUCCGACCCCGUUUCCGAAAGCCCGGUCUCGGCCAAACUCCGUACGUAAGUAUUUUGAUGAAAAAAGUCGAGAUAGAAGGGGUAACUGCGAGGGAUGAAUUGGAGGCAGAGGAAGAGGCUGAAGAGGAGGAGGAGGAGUCUGAAGUUGUUGCGGUAAAGAUACAUCUUCCAUUGGUGUUGCCAGAUGCAUACACGUCCCUGAUGGACUCGCCCUUUUUGUUCGAUGAUUGGGCGCGAUAUUGCUGCGAAGAUGGCGUUCACUUGAGUUAGGCAAAAGAGCGAGCUGAAAAGGGAUUAUUGACUACUUGGAAGGGGAAACGGAGUUCAGUAUGGCACAGUUCGUACCUCAGCCACUCAAACUUUGAAGCAACCCUGCUGAGUGUGCGCAUUCUCCUCAACUGCCCGGAAGACUGUUUACGGGUGGAACCAUAUGCCUUACCGGGCUCAUUACAGCGGACUCUCGAACGAAAGCUUCGCUGGGCCUCUCAAAUCGAUCAACUUUAUCCACGGCGCCGGUGUCAUCCACGGGGAUUUGACAUGUGCAAAUAUAUUCCUGGACGAGAAUCUCAACUAUAAGUCGACUCCUGCGAUUGGGUAGCGCCCACUUCUUACUAUUCCUAAGCUAAAAGUGCUGUUCGGGCAGAGCGGAGACGAGA